UACAAAAGAAGACCUAGAAUUACAAUUCUUGGAUCAAAAAAGACAGAAAGCUGAGACCAAAUCCGUCACCGACAUUCAGGAGACGUCUGAACCAAUAAAAACACUAAACCCAAUGAUUAGUGAGAUCAUCUUUCGCUUGGAUAUGGACAGAGUGCUUGAGAAUGACCUACAAACCUUGAAGGAGACCUUUGAUCAACAUUUAUUAAAAAAUGAAUUCAAGGCACGCUCCAAGACUGGACUUGAGAUAAAAAGGAUACCUUCAAGACGCACACCAAAGGAACCAGUGAAAACGGGAUGGAGAAAGCAGGGUGGCAACCUAAAUAUUAUUAAAGGAACAAAACUACUGGGGACACCGAGCGAACAACAGAAUAUGAGUUUAUCUCUAAGGAAAGAUAUUACUCCAGGUGUGAGUUCAAUGAAAACCAAACCUCAGGAAAAUGUUAAUGCUAAGUACCACCUACCAAAGACAUUUCCAACAAAAGUGAUCAAUCUGUUACCCUUCACCAGUCAAGAGGCAAACGUGGAAAGCUCCACACCGUAUGAGAAUGUAAUUCCAAAGCCACUUUAUAGGACAUCUAGGGGAAGUUCCGGCAUACCCACAACCUUCCAGCAAUUACUAAACAGGAAGAUUUCAGGUAACACUUAA